GUUCCCAUUUUCGACUUAUAUUUCGUAAACAAUGAUGGCGGACUCCACGUUUGAAAAUAGUGUAAAACUUGGUUUUAUUGAAGAAGAUACAGAUUUACGCUUAUUGAGAAGUCAUUUUUUCCCUAGUAAAGUCGGAGGUAAACCUUCCUGGUUGUCUCUUAGCCCAAUACCUGAAUCAGAAAACUUACAAUGUAUGAAAUGUAAAGGCAUGUUGAUUUUCCUAAUGCAAGUUUACGCUCCAUUACAAAUAAGAGACGAUACUUUUCACCGGACUAUUUUUGUUUUUAUUUGUCCCAAAGCCUCCUGUUGUUCACCGGAUGAUGGUAGCAACUUUAAAAUAUUAAGAUCACAACUAUCACUCGUAAAUAGCUUCUUUAGCAGUGAUCCACCAAAUGAAGAAUUGCGUGAUGAUGAAAACAUGGACAGUUUCCCAAAUGCUGCUAAACUUCAAUCUCUAUGCUAUGUCUGUGGUAUCAAAGGAAAUAAGAAGUGCUCCCAAUGUAAAAGAACUCCAUACUGCAGCAAAGAACAUCAGCUUUUUGAUUGGAAAGCUGGUCACAAGCAAACAUGCUCUCAAGAAUCUGAAAAAGAAGACUACAAAUCUGCUUCAGGACUUCUGUUUAAAGAGUUUGAACUAGUGACUGAAGAAGAGGAAUACUCAGAGGGUGAUAGUAACAACAGUAAGAGCGAGGAAGAACGUCUUAUGGAAUAUGAGCGGCUAAUGAGAUCACCGCAGCUACAGGGGCUGGAAGGCAAGUACCAAGCAGAAGAACUAGAAAAAUCUGCCACAGCUGAGACAGAAGAUGAUAAGAUAUUUUUGAAAUUCAAAAGACGCAUUGGAUCUGAGCCAACGCAGGUUUUACGUUAUGAAAGAUGUGGUGUUCCCUUGUGGGUGUCCUCGACUCAUCAACCAACUCAGUCAGAUAUUCCAAAUUGUUCAUGUGGUGCCCCAAGGAUAUUUGAGUUUCAGGUCAUGCCACAGUUGUUAAAUUAUCUUGCUGUUGAUCGACUGGAUGCUAGUUUGGAUUGGGGAACUUUGUGCAUCUACACCUGCAAGAACAGCUGCUCUAUUGGAAACAUGUAUAAGGAAGAAUUUUUAUGGAAGCAAGAUUUUCAAAAUGCUAAGCUUUGAAGUAGUGAUGGGGAUUUUUUGUUUGUUUUGAGAUUUAGUUUUAGGUAUUAUUUAUUGAUGAAACUGUGUGGAGUUCCGUAAACCAAUCUACUAAAAAAAUAUUUAAUGUUCAUUCUUUAAUUAAUUUUUUAAAAAAGCUUCUUAAAUGAACUAGUAAAAGUGUGGGGCAUUGAAAUAAUAGGUAGCCUUUGAAAGUGAAGUCUCAAUGUUGUUGUGUUGUUUUUUUUUUGACAAUAUUAUCAUAGGAAAGUUUGUUGGGUUUUUUUUACUUAAACUCCAGAGUUAACCUUUUGUACAGUGAAACUUAUUUAACUGCAUAGUUACCUUUUUGCAUGUUAAACUAGACCAUGUGUAUAAGCUGAAUGCCUUAAAUGAUAAAAUAGUAGAUCUUUCCCCACUUGGCACUAUCUGUGGGGAUAGUGUAAUUGAAUGAUUCUCAGAAAAAAUAUGUUAUUCUGAUUCAUUAAUAAAACUUGUGUAUUUUGUUAAGACCACUUUCAAGAUUGCUAUUUAAUAUCUCAUAAGUGUGCAAUAUUUUGAAAUUACAGAGUUACACCCAUGUAAAUAAAAUGUUGUAAAGAGAAAAUAUUUUUUCAUUGAAGUCUUUCGAUUUGCAUUAUGUGUUUUGUAUUUCUCAAACAGUAGUACAUCAUUGUAAUAAUAAUGGUUUUGAGAGACUUAAUCAUAAGUUGUUGGGCUUAGAAUUUGUCAUAUAUUGUCAAUAUUUUGAUUGUUAAAAAAAAAUAGUCAAGGCAGUGACAAUCUAUCUAAGCUAGGUAAAGCUUACUCCUACCAAAUGUGUGAGAUGCAUUCAUCUACUGUUUAUUUGGUUAUCAAUUACAUGGAUAUAUAUGAAUAAUAAUAGCAGUGUUAUUGUUGAUAAAAUAAAAAGUUUUUCUUAAAGUAAAUUUUUCAGAGAAAUAUCUAGUAAAGUCCAAUUGUUUUAAUCUUGUGUUUGAUGAUCAAAUGUUUGAGGACAUGUAUUAUUGAUGAAAAUAAAAAUGUUGAAAAAAAAUCAGGUGUUCUCCCCUUGUUCAUUUUUAGAUUGUGACUUUUUUUUUAAAUGCACACUUUCAGUAAGCUUCAGAUCUACGUAGGGUUACCAGACACCUACAUGCCCAAAGAAUGACAAAAUAGGACAAUGCUAUACAAAGAAGAACAAAAGUAAGACAAAAUAAACUUUAAAAAGUGGACUUCUCUUUAUUUUAUUAAACAUAUAGUAAAUUAUAGGCUCUCUGAGUAUUAAGUUUAAAGUUUCAUUAGAAUAGUUUUGUAGUAGCCCGCACUACUGGUCACGGAGAAGCUUGUCAAAAAUGUUUUGUCUUUCUGUCCUGCAAAUUAUUUCAAAUUGCAGUACUGCCCAUU